AACCACACAGGAAAAAUGCCGAAUUUUGCAGGGACCUGGAAAAUGAAAAGCAGCGACAAUUUUGAGGAGUUGCUCAAAGAGCUGGGUGUGAACCCAAUGCUGAGGAAAGUGGCGGUGGCGGCUGCUUCCAAGCCCCACGUGGAGAUUCGGCAGAAUGGCGAGCACUUCUACAUCAAGACUUCCACCACGGUCCGCACCACGGAGAUCACCUUCCUCAUUGGAGAGGAGUUUAAUGAGGAGACGGUGGAUGGCAGAAAGUGUAAGAGUUUGGCCACCUGGGAAACAGAGAACAAGAUUUACUGCAAACAGACUCUAGUGAGCGGGAGCGGCCCCAAGACCUUCUGGACCCGAGAGCUCAAUGGGGACGAACUCAUACUGACAUUUGGAGCCGAUGACGUGGUGUGCACAAGGAUCUACGUACGAGCGUAGCAGAAGUCCACCAGUUCAAAUUUCCUCCCAACAAAUAAUCUUCAAAAUCAAAAUCUCAAAUUAUCUUUUUUGACAUUCAACGUUUUGCAUCUUCAUGGAAAUCACAAUUUCAGAUGGAUAGUUCUGCUUCCACCCCCUCUUCUUGUAUAUAAUUUUUCUAACAUUGGAAAUUAAAACAAUCAAAUUAUGAUGUCUUUUUGUUUUAUUGUUGAAUUGUAUGCUUAGAAAGUAGAAAGAAGCAGCAGAAGUAGUCUGCAUGCUGAAGAUCCUGGUCUUCUUUUUUUCUUGUAAGUGGUGAAAUCAGACAAACACAAGAGCAGAAAAAAAGAAAGUGGUCAAGUGAGUUUCUGU